CCAAAGUUGUAUGACUUUCUCAAGCUACAAUUAUAAUAUUUGUUUCACAUAUCUUUAUUAGAUUUAAAAAGAAUGGACCUCCACACUCCUCAUACAGGUGGACCCUUGAUGGCUGUGGAGUUGAAAAAUAAUAUCAUUAUUCACUGGAGGGUACACGGUGUUCCUUUGCGAUUUAACAAAAUGCUUAUUACUGACCUGCAUUAUAUCAGCAAUGAUAUUGAUGAAAUUGCUGGUGGGCAUCAUGUCAUUGUCUUCACAUUCUUUGCUCACCUGGUUUUUCACCCGAUAACAUUUUACGUGUAUGAAGUGGCCAAAAUUUGUCAGUCUGUUGUUGCACUGCUGAGCCGCGCUCCAGAGACCACCGUCAUCAUCAAGUCUGGAAACACUGCAGGACUAAAGAACAUUUUUCAAAGUGAUUGGCACGUGUUGCAGUUGAACACAGUGAUGCGGGAGAUGUUCAGAGAUAUCGAAGGAGUCAUCUUCUUAGAUGUCUGGCAGAUGACUUCCUGUCACUAUCUACAUGAAAACAUUCACCCAGGACCUGUUAUCAUUGCUAAUGAUGUUGACAUGUUGCUCUCAUAUGUCUGUCCUACCUGAGGCCUGUUCAAGUUGAUGUGGUUGCAUAAAGUAAAAGGGAAACUAACC